AUGGGUUGUUCUAUGGUUUUUAUUUAAAAGACUUCUUUUGAUUCAAAUUCAUCAUUUUCAUAUGAUGAUAUAUAAGAGAGUGAAGUAUCUUUAGAUUAAAUUCAUGAUGGAAUAGCAUUUUUAAAAAUAAAUGUAAAAAAAUAAAAAGAGAUUUUUCCUGAAGACAAUAACACUGAAGUAAAACAUUUAGUUAAAUGCAAUCAUAAUACAGUAAUAUAAAUCAAUAAAUCUGAUAUUAAAUCUAAGAAAUCUUGUUUAAAAUAAAAAUUAAUAACGUCACAACUUUCAUAAAAUGUGAGUCCUAAGAAAGUUCAUUUUGUUUAAAUUUAAUAAAAAAAUACAAAUUAGUAUAAGGGUAGACAAAAGAGAAGUAAGUAGAAACAUUCAAGAAAGUCUAAAGAAAGAUAAGAGCAUAUUAACUUGGAUGAUAUAUUUUGA